CCUUGAAAUUUCGAUAAAUCUAAAGGAAUUUAAUAUACUACAAGCUAUUAACAGAUUUUGCUGUGCGACUCUCAAAGUCGAACUCAACAACAACACCAACAUCCAAGAUGGCCACCUACGAAGAUGACGUUGCAGCCCUGGUCGUUGACAACGGAUCGGGUAUGUGUAAGGCCGGCUUCGCAGGCGACGAUGCACCCCGGGCUGUCUUCCCAUCUGUUGUCGGUAGACCAAAGCAUCAGAUAAUCAUGGCUGGCAUGGGUUCGAAGGACAGCUACAUCGGUGACGAGGCCCAGAGCAAGAGAGGAAUUCUAGCCCUCAAAUACCCGAUCGAGCACGGUAUCGUCACAAACUGGGACGAUAUGGAGAAGAUCUGGCAUCAUACCUUCUACAACGAGCUCCGUGUCGCCCCCGAAGAACACCCGAUACUCUGCACUGAGGCUCCGAUGAAUCCCAAAGCAAACAGAGAAAAGAUGACACAGAUAAUGUUUGAGACCUUCAACACUCCAGCUUUCUACGUAGCUAUUCAAGCUGUCAUGUCCCUCUACGCCUCAGGGCGAACAACCGGUACCGUCUUUGAUGCUGGUGAUGGCGUCUCCCAUGUAGUGCCGAUCUAUGAAGGGUACGCCCUCCCUCAUGCCAUUCUUCGUCUUGAUCUUGCUGGACGUGAUCUUACGCAUUAUCUGAUGGGGAUUCUCGGUGAACGAGGAUAUUCAUUUUCCACUUCCGCCGAACGAGAAAUAGUCCGCGACAUCAAAGAGAAACUGUGCUACGUCGCCCUCGACUUCGAUCAGGAAAUGCAAACCGCUGCGUCGUCAUCGUCACUCGAGAAGAGCUACGAGCUCCCCGACGGCCAGGUCAUCACCAUCGGCAACGAGCGAUUCCGUGCUCCCGAAGCCCUCUUCCAACCGUCUUUCCUCGGCCACGAGAUGGCCGGAAUCCACGAGACAGUCUACAACAGUGUCAUGAAGUGCGAUAUCGAUAUCCGCAAGGACCUUUACGCCAAUACGGUGUUGUCUGGUGGCUCCACCAUGUUCCCAGGAGUCGCUGACAGGAUGCACAAGGAGCUCUCCGCCCUGACUCCACCCUCCAUGAAGAUCAAGAUCAUAGCUCCUCCUGAAAGGAAGUACUCCGUGUGGAUCGGGGGCUCCAUCUUGGCUUCUCUCUCCACCUUUCAGAACAUGUGGAUCAGCAAGCAGGAGUACGAUGAAUGUGGACCAGGAAUCGUUCAUAGAAAAUGCUUCUAAACAGAAUGAUUAGGAAAAUAUUUUGAACAGGAUUUCACUCCAAGAUGACCAAUGUGAGGCAGGUCGGUCACUGACAAAUGAUUUUCCAAACUUUGCCAAACAAUGCGAUGUUUUUGGAGUUUUUUAAUACAUAUCCUGAAAAUUCUAAAAGUGGUUUAUUCCGAAGCAAAAUACUCUGUCCUUACAUAGUCUGUACAUAUAACAUUGGUUCUUAACGUUGUUAGCCGCAUACCCUCUCCCCUUCAGAGGGGACUUUACUCUCUCGCAAACAUAGCGAAGUACCAGAGUUACAAGCAGCGAACUUGCAUAAUAUUCAGUCGAUAUGAUGGCUGAAUUUGCUUCCCUUUGUAUGUGAAUGCAACUUGAAACAUGUAAUCAUAUCUUACAUAUCCUAUCGACUAUAGAAUGAAUUGAACAAUCUUUUCUCCCACCAAGGCCCCCUAAACGAGUCGUAGUGAAUCUUAGGCCAAGAACCACAGGGUCCUGUUUCAUAAAAUUUGUUAUCAAUAACAACUUACAA